AAAAUGUACAACCGAAAGAUAUUUUACAGAUUCCAACAACAGAUAAAGUUUGUGUUGAAUUUGCAUGUUGAAGAGGUUGAGAGAAAUGUGAAAUAUGAAGUUUACAAGAGACCAAUGCUAGCUGAAAAAGAUUUCAGAACAAGAAGAUUUAUUGUGAUUGUGAACAUGCAGCAACAGGAGUUCAGUUGUAUUUGUGGGAAAUUUCAGAAGGAUGGCAUUGUGUGCAGCCAUGUCUUGAGAGUACUUUCUCAUCUCAACAUGUCUAUGCUGCUAGAGAAAUAUUACAUAGACAGGUGGAGGCCAAAAAAUACAAAGGACAUACGGGACAUCCGUUUCAAUGUUCCUUUGGAACUGACUGCUGGAAGUCAACACUUAAGGUAUACCUUGCUCUCCAACAGGCUCAAUGAGAUGGCCUCAGAUGGUGCAUCAACAAACAGAAAAUAUCUAUAUGUUGUAGCAGGAAGUGAAAGGGUGCAACAGAGGUUGGAUGAGAUGACUAAAGAAGAUGAACUUGCAGAAGCACAACAAGCAAAUAUUGACAAGGACACAACAGAGUUUGAUGUAGGACCGCAUCCUGAUGGCUAUGGGGACAAUCUUCAGGAUCCUGAUGUUGCAGUAUCAAAAGGGCGUCCACAAAAAGGACGUUACAAAACUUUCAUGGAAGGUUUACUAUCUAAACAGAAAGUCACAUGCAGUCGUUGUGGGGAGCCUGAUCACUAUAAAAAUAGUUGUACGGCAAGACCUGAAGAUAUCGAUUUGGCUCACAAAGAAAAAGUCAGCCGCAAACAUGUCUCAGCCUCUGCUGGGACAUCUACAGAGAAGCAGCCAGCUCAUGCAAAACCGAGCAAGAAGGCGAGAAAAGGAAACUGAGAAACUGGGUGCUACAAGUUCAAGAAGGCAUUGGUUUGGUUUUUUGAUUGUCCCUGCGAGCACUGAAAAAAAUGUAAAAAUGAGCCAAGUGUGG